AUGGUCGCCGGGUCGGAGAGGGCGUGCAAUUGGUUUCCAGACGAGUACACCGUGAAAAAGAAAAAAAUUAUGCCAACGCUCGCGCUCGCUAGCGGCACUGCGAGGACGGCGCCCGGCGGACUGCUCCAGCACGCCAUCGAGCUGCGGGACGCCGGCUUCACCGUCAUCCCGGACGCCGGCCUGAGCGCUGAGCUUGUGUCCGACGCUCGAGCUGCCGUCUCGUCGGAGCUCUCUCGCCACCACGACAGGCUGAGCCAGCUUGGGCUGGACCCAAUCGAGAGCGACUACGCCUGGAUCGAGAUCGACAAGCGGCACCGCGGCCGGUAUAGCCUCAGGCCGACACAGCGGUCUGCGUGGACGAAGCUGGUGCAGGAGGCGGUGGGUGCCGCGGCUCCGGUGGUGGAGGCGCUCCACUCGCUGCCCGCAAACGGGGACGACGGGAUGCUGCCUGAGUACACGCCUCCGUGGUCGCGCGCCCUGCUCGAGGCAGCCUCUUCGCUCCUCCCUCCUCGCCCGGCGGUCGACCAGCUUGGCGCCAUCGUGAGCAGCCCCGGCGCAGGGGCGCAGCGCUUCCACGCCGACGCGGGCGACACGCAUCUCCGACUCGCGAGGCUGAGCCGGAGGCACCGCCUCUUCAACGUCUUCGUGCCCUUGGUCGACCUCGCAGAGGGCGGCGAUGGGACGAUGUUCUGGCCCGGCUCGCAUCUGGAGCGGAAGCGGCUCGGUUACGAGGCGGCGAGGCUCGACGCGUGCCGCUCGUACCUCCUCGAGCGAGACGCGGCGGCGAUGGCGGAGAUGGCGGUGCCAGCUUGCCCUGCGGGCGGGCUCAUCCUCUUCGACUUUCGACUGCAGCACAGAGGCAUGCCAAACGACUCGACGCGGGAGAGGGCCCUCGCGCACGCCGUGCUCGCAACCGGAGGGGCCUUUGACAGGCUCGGCUCCGAGGAGGCGCCCAGCCUGCUGGCCGCUGCAGAGGCGCUGUCGGCAGACCCCGCGGAUCGGCGCGCGCAGCUCGAGGCGAUCGGCAGGCAGCAGAGCGGCUGGUGGGAGACGCAGCAGACAAACUCCGCGCGGUGA